AUGACUGACGCCGUGUCUACACAUUCCAGCCCGACGUUUGUCGCCAACAAGCGACGUCGCCUUGACGCAGCCGUCUAUGCCACACGUGAAGGCUCGAUACGACCCCGUCUGCCUGGCGAGGCACACGACGCCCUUGUCCAUCGCGAAAGCACCCCGCCGCCGUCCCUACGCGCCACUCCCAGUCGGCAACCAUCGCGAGCAUCAUCACCAUCUGAGCAGAAUGCUUCCCUAGUCUUGGUCGGCACCAAGGGGAGUGGCCUCUCCUCGUUUGGUGUCAUCGCCGCCACUGCCUUGCACUUCCGCCUGGUCGAUACCGAGAGUUGGCUUGUUGAGCAUUGCAGCCUGCGCAGAUCUGAAUAUGUCAAGACGCGAGGGCUGAGUGCUUAUCGCACAGCCGCGUCAAAAGCUUUGGAGGAUAUACUGAAACAAAAUGCUUCGCGCUGUGUCAUCGUCUGCGGUCCCGAAGCCCUCGAGCCACACUGUCAAUCCCUCAUUCGGACCUUUGCGACCACACAUCCUGUAGUCAUGAUCAAUCGUGAUCUGACCAUGAUAAGAGACUAUCUCGGCCUUCCAGACACGCACGAAGUAUUGCAGAUUCUCGGCCGAAGCCGUCAGCUCUGCCGCCGGAUAUCCAACUACGAGUUCUACAAUCUGCCAGAGACCGAGGCCAAGACUCCACUUUCUGCCGAGCUGUGUCGAAACCUGAGGCGUCCGACAGAAACUCACAACCCGCCUCAGCUGCUACAGAAUGUCAAACAAGACUUUNUGCAUUUCCUGCACCUCCUGGCCCGGACUCCAGUGCGUGCUGACUCUCUGCUUUGUUCUCUGUCGCCGGCAGAACGUGAAUAUUCCACUCUGUCCGUCUUACUGUCCGAAGAUGUUGCUAGCGGAAGCUUCAGUCUUGUCAAUCUAGACUGUGGAACUGAUGCAAUUGAGCUGACCGUCCGGCAAUGUUCAUCACAAAGACCUUGCAUCGACUGGGAUCGCACUAGUCGUUCCCUCCAGAUGAUUCGACGUCAUUCCACAUCCCCAAUAGUUUUCCAUGUCGAGUGUGAAGAUCCGAACAAAGCAGUGUACAGCGAUCUGCUAUCUCAUGGUCUUCGUCUCGUCCCUGACUUCGUCACAAUCGACCUCAGCUGUACGGAUCAUCAGAUCCAAAACUUGAUAGGCUCAGUAGGUCGGACAAAGGUCGUUGGUCAUCGCUCAUACUCGGCAGGCAGCUCUCCAUCAUGGAAAGAUCCAGCCUUGCACAAGGAGUUUGACCGCGCUGUCACUCUCGGCUGCCAUGUCGUCCGCUUUGUUCGCCACGCCGUGUCAGCUUCGGAGGACAGGGAUUGUACUCUGUUUCAGGCUGCAGUUGCUUUCAGAUCCAAGACUCCUCUGGUCGCAUACAGCAUUGGUACUCCAUCGAAGUCAUCAAUGGUGCUCAAUACGUGUCUUACCCCUGUACAAGAUCCCGAAACAUCAGAAUCCUCCUCGGCCACUUCCCUCCUCACGUUCCAACAGCUGAUGGGGGCAAAGUUCUCGGCAUACAUCUAUCAACCAUUACACUUCCAUAUCUUUGGCGCAAGUGUGGACUACAGCGUGUCACCACUGAUACACAAUGCUGCCUUCGAGGUCUUGGCUAUGGACCAUACCUAUUCCAUCAAACAGUCAAACAACUUGCGUGAGUUUGCAAGCCUCGUGGACGACUCUUUCGGGGGUGCCAGCAUCAGUCUGCCGUACAAAAAUGAGAUUCUUCCCCUUCUGAACUCGACAAGUGAAGCCGCCAGGGCUAUCCAGGCCGUCAACACGAUCAUACCUCUGAGAGCCAUGCAGGACAAGGAUAAUGUCGCCUUGAAUUCGCUUAGCCGAUGUUAUAAGAACCGAGCUGGACCAGUCAUUGGACUACAUGGCGAGAAUACAGAUUGGACUGCACUCUACACAUGCGUGUUGCGCUAUCUUUCUCCUGCCAAUACCAUUCAGCCAAGCUCCUCGGCCCUUGUCAUCGGCGCUGGUGGCAUGGGUCGCGCUUCAGUGUAUGCUUUGCUGCAGAUGGGUGUGAAGAAUAUUGUCAUGUGGAAUCGGACGCACAGCAAAGCGAUCCAAGUUGCAGAGCACUUCACUAGACUGUCUACGCAGCCCCACCCCAACUUUCCAGCAUGCCGCAUUGAUGUCGUUGAAUCGCUGGAGUCGCCUUGGCCAGAAGGUCUUGCACAGCCUGCGAUCGUGGUGUGCACCAUCCCAGCCCAUCAGAUAGGUGACAUACCGCCCCCAGAAUUCGUCAUCCCUCAGCAAUGGUUUCAGAGUAGGACAGGAGGAGUGAUUGUCGAGGUGNAGUGCCUGAUUCUGUUCAUUCUUCCUCUAUACAACUAA